AUGGUGCAGGCAGCAAUGUUGUACGGGGUUGUGCCUGCGUUCCUCUCCCUUGCGUUGCGCAUGACGUACGGCGAAGUUCUGGUCGACCGAACUGAGACCCACCCGCCCAGAGGAUCGGUCGAGACGGGUGUUCCCGCCGGCCUGCAUUCAUUUCGUGCCCUGCUUCAGAUUUCCGCUCAUAAACUGCCUGACCCAGACGCCCCUGCCGGCGACCCACGAGGAGCUCGUGCGCAGCCCUCUCCAAAGCGUUCGACGGGGGAGGGGGGCGGCGCCGAUCCCACAGCUGCGGAAGAGAGCAAAACACCGGAAGGAGGUGAAGGCACCAGUUCCGGGCCAGAUAGCGAGCACGAAGCACCACGGCAAGAGCAGCGUUCGCGCCUCCGUCUGAGUGUUAUCUCGAAGAGACUGCGUGGUCUAUCGAUUCGCCGGCCAAGCCUUCCCUCUACCAAGAAAGAAUCACCUGGAGCAGAAGGGGGCCCAAGUCCCCUCUCUCCGACACCCUCGCUGCAAUCGCGGCGUGGAACCGCCCAGAGGCCGCUUCUUCUUCCUCAACAGGGGAAAGAAGAUUCCUCUGCGAGACGUGGCUGGCUCUCGCGUGGUUCAGGCUCCCGCAGCGAAUCUCAACCAAGCGUAAAAGUUGAGUUCUCAUCUCCGUUUGGGACGAAGUGGUUCAAAGGGCCCGCCCGAGACACCACACCAAGCCCGACUCCGCCCUCGGCAUCAGCUCCCCCCAGCCCACGAACGCCAACAGAGCCCGGCCCUGAACCAAGCGGCAGUCAACGGAAAAGUGGGCGUCGGUGGGGGUGGAAGCCUGAGGAACCUAGUGAUCCUGAGUCACUGUCCGCCCCCCUCACGCUCUCAACUGAAAGUCAUAGCCCCGCUGCCGCAGUGACAAGAACUGCUCGGGCGUUGUGGAAGCCCCCGCGAGGCCUCCUGACCCUGAAACACCUCGAAGCUCGAGAAGGCUUAGUCUCAAGAGGUCCCAGUCAGCGAGACCGCAAAAGGGUUGUUCCCCCUGCAUUAGCAAAAUCGGAUUUCGAGGUCUCUCCUCGUGGUCUCAAAAAACCUCAACCGACGCCCAGGGAGAGAGCACCUGGGCCAUCCGGUCCAACGUCGCCAGGUCCUCAACCCCAGAGGACUGCUCCCCGGGGGUCUCCUGCUGAAAAGGUUGGGACUGGUUCAGGGCGCGCGCCUUCGGGGCUACGGUCCGGAAUUCGAAAACCUGGCUCUUCAAAGCUGCCGCUGGGGGCCACUCAACAGCGUCCAACGGCUGCUGCAGGAGACCCUGAAACGCAAGGCCCUCAGGAUAAAAGCUACACGAAGAAAAAGCCAUCCUCUCAGAGUCCCUUGCCGUCUGCCGGAGUUGGCAAAGCUGGUGUUGGAAAGACUCCAGCGGGAGAAAGCGCAGGCGCACCCUUGCGGGCUGGUGCAGCCACAGGCCGUCAGCCCCCUGCUGAAAGUGGCAAGGAGCUCAAGAAAGAAGAGAAAGGCCCCCGAUCUCUCUUGACCAUUGGAUUGCCAGUAAAAUCUGGACUUCCCACGGGUGGCCUCAAAAGAUCUCUGUCGGAGAAAACCCCCAAAUCACCUCCGGUCGUAGCAGGAUUCGGAAGCCCUCCGUCCCCCCGUGCUAGUGCAGAGAAAGCUGCAGAUGUGAAGAGAUUCGGAUUUGGUUCACACAAAGCCGGCUAUCGCUCCGGCGACUCGUCAGAUUACGAGGAAGGCAAACCACCGCACUUGAAGAUCCCACAAUACGGCGAGCCUGGAUCUCCAGUUUACGGCCCCUCCUGGGGGAGGGGUGCGAUGAGUGGAGCCGCCGGUCCUUGGCAAAUCAAGCCAGAGGAGUUUUUCCCGACUGAAAUGGCCCCAACCGAGCAAGGCAGUUUGACGAGGGGGAGUCCUGUAGCGCGCGGACCUGCAGCAGGCGGUGCCGCCGCUUUGGGAGACGCGCAGGACGAAGGGCCUCAACUACAGCAAGCUGCGCUCAUCAUGUUGGCGUCGCCAGGCAAUGAGGAGGAUCAAAAGGGAAUCAUACGGACAGAAGUGGAACGUUGGACGAAGCUGCGCAAAGGAUGUAACAUAGACAGGGGACAACCAUCACCCGCGCAGGUUGCGGCUGAGGUCUUGUUUCCUGAUGGAAAAAUUAUUACAACUACCGACGCGGAAGGAAACACAGUAGCACUCGCGAGCGGCGGAUAUAUUUGCAGUGGUGCAUUUGGAGUGGUCAUCAAAGUAACUACCUCACGCGGGGAUGUAUUCGCAGCAAAACUGUCUUACGGCAAGGUUAGGAUACCGCAGGGACAAAGCGUGUCGGAUAUCCGCGAAGCAGCCAAGUUAGAAAUGAUUAAGGUGACGAUCGCCGUGGAGGAAGAACUUAAAGCCCGGCGGUUGUUUUUGAAACGUGGGUUCUCUGUGCAGCAAUUUAAAGAGGGUUUCAACGUGAUUGUAACUUCUGCCAUUUUGAAAGUCAAGAACGAAAUGAUGGUCCACCUACAGAGGGACAGUUUAUUGAUUUUGUUUUCCAGCAUCAUAUUGCUUCAGAAGCUGCUAGGACCAUCGUUGAAGGAUAUAAUGCAGGUGUUUCCGCCUCCGGAGUUCCAGGGUGCUGCUGCGAGAGCACUGCUGCUGGCAGUGGCCAAGCUGCACACCCUUGGCCUUGCUCACGGGGACAUCCGAGCAAGUAACUUUAUCUUCGAUGCAGUGGGCAAUGGAUUUUUGAUCGACCUUGCCUCAGUGCACGAGCUACACGAUCCCGUUGCACCCGGGGAGAAAACUUAUAUGCCGCAUCACGCCCCUGAGGUUGCGGCGGCCAUGCUGUCCCAAUAUGAUUACAACAGGUUAGUGCGAGAGAAACUGGACGUUUGGCAGACGGGAGCGACAAUAUUCGAAAUCACCUGCGAUGGCAAUCUUCCCUAUGGGCUGAUAGCGGAUGCAGCCUUCCUGAGAAGACGACGGAGGGACCUGGCUUCCCUCACGCGCAGUCAAUUUUCUCUGUGGUAUUGCUCGUCUCCUGUUCCCGCAGUAGCGGGCCUAGCUUACAUUUUGCUUGAACCCGACCCUGAUAAGCGGCCAACCAUUUCCGAGGUCGUGAGCAACCCAUUUUUCCACUCUUGA